AUGAAGUGCAGGUCCACCCGGCCUCCCUCUCAUUGGCAACAUCCACCAGAUCCCGCGUGUGCGCGCGCAUCAACAGUCGGUUCUUCUUCAUCUACCAAAUCAACUACAUCCCCAUCUAACAUUGACAGAUUCACCGAAUGGGCCAAAGUCUAUGGCGGUCUCUACAGCUUCCGUAUUGGCCCAGCCACUGCCGCCGUGAUCACCGAUCGAGGUCUGGUCAAGGAACUGCUCGACAAGCGUAGCGCUCUAUAUAGCUCACGGCCAACAUCCUACGUUGGACAGAACCUCAUAACUGGCGGCGACCAUCUCCUCGUUAUGGACAACAACGAAACCUGGCGGCUAUUCCGCAAGACAGUGCACCAGCACUUCAAUGCGAGCAUGUGCGAGAAGGAGCACGUCAAGCUGCUGGAAGCCGAGCACACACAGAUGAUGCGCGACUUCCUCCUGUAUCCAGAGAAACACAUGCUGCAUACGAAGCGCACCACCAACAGUAUCAUUAUGAGUCUACUGUAUGGAAUUCGUACCCCGUCAUGGGAUACACCCCAUAUGUUGGAACUCUACGAGAUCAUGGAGCAGUGGUCCAAGGUCAUGGAGACCGGCGCCACGCCGCCCGUCGAUAUCUUCCCGUGGCUGAAAUGGAUUCCCCAGAAGUGGCUGGGCAACUGGAUCGAUCGGUCAACAAAGGUGGGCAGCGGGAUGAAAGCGUUGUACGGGUCCUUCCGGCGACGGGCGAUCGAAGCACGACGAGAGGCUGAGCAGGGCUCGCAAAGCCGAGCUCGUACGUUCAUUGACCACGUCCUGGACCUACAGGAGAAGGAAAACCUCACCGACAACCAGGUCGACUUCCUCGGUGGCGUGAUGAUGGAGGGUGGAUCUGACACUGGGUCCACGAUGCUCCUGGUGAUGAUCCAGGCGCUGGUGCAACAUCCGGAAGUACAGGAGCGGGCGCGCGCCGAGCUCGAUGCCGUUUGUGGUGAAGACCGAUCCCCGACAUGGGCAGAUUUCAGCCGUCUACCGUAUAUCAACAUGAUCGUCAAAGAGACGAUGCGCUGGCGGCCGGUGACGCCACUCUCAUUCCCACACGCGCUCAGCCAAGAUGACUGGGUCAAUGGGUAUCUCCUACCGAAGGGGACCACGGUCUUUCUGAACGUGUGGGGCCUCCACCACGAUGAAAGCGUAUUCCCCAACCCUGACCGGUUCGACCCGAGCCAUUACGAAGGGCGACAUAACCUGGCCUCGGACUACGCCGCCUCGCCGGACUACAUGCGGCGAGAUCACUUCAUCUACGGGGCUGGACGAAGGCUCUGCCCAGGGAUCCAUCUGUCGGAGCGCAGCAUGUUCAUCGGAGCGGCGAAGCUCCUAUGGGGGUUCCAGUUCGAGCCCGGGCUCAAUGAGUCGGGACAGCCGGUCGCAAUCGACACCGAUCCAAUCACAGGGUACACCGAGGGGUUCCUUGUGUGUCCGCGAGCGUACAAGUGUAAAGUUUCUCCUCGCUCUUCUGCGAGGGCCGAGACGAUUCUGCGCGAGUUCGCGCGGGCCGAGUCCGAUAUUCUAUGUCAGUAUGCGACGCCAUAA